GUCCCAAUCUGUCUGAGCUCUGAGUGCCCAUCCCAUUCUCAAAGGAGCUGCACACACACUCGCACACACUCUGGCAAACACGCUUACCACACUUGUAGUCAGAGCACACACAGCUCCAUCCAUCGGUUAUAAGAAGAGAGACAGUUCCAGUUAAAGGACAUAAAGCCCAGGUCUGAGCUCCAGAAUGGAUGCACUGAAGAAGGGAUUCUCCAUGGCUAAGGAGGGAGUGGUGGCCGCCGCUGAGAAAACCAAGGCUGGGGUGGAGGAGGCAGCUGCCAAAACCAAAGAGGGGGUCAUGUAUGUAGGCACAAAGACAAAGGAAGGCGUUGUGACGAGUGUAAACACAGUUGCCCAGAAAACAACUGAGCAGGCGAAUAUUGUGAGUGAGAGUGCCGUGGCUGGAGCCAAUCAGGUGUCAGAAAAGGCAGUGGAGAGCCUGGAGACUGUGGUCGCAUCCACUGGCCUGGUCAAACCGGUGGAGCUGUCGAAGCAGGAGGGAGCUGUAGAGCAGCCUACAGACGCUGGACAGUAGGUGAGGCUGAUGUCGCACUGAACGCCCAUGUGAUCCUCUGCUUCUUGCUUCAGAGGAGAGAGUUCAUUAGUUGCUGACCAUGCUUGAAUAUUAUCAUGCUAAACCUCUGAUGGACACUAAAUAACAUCACAGAAAACAAAGACACCCACUCCUCUCUCUCGCUUUCUCCUCAUGAACAAGCUGUCACUUUCCUUCACGUAGACCUACAGAAGUACUAUUCACAAGAAUAAAAUGCUCAUGUAACAACUCCUUUA